AGCGGGCCGGGCCGCGUAAGGGGCCGCGCGUUUUAAACCUGCCCCAGCCCGGGGCUGCGGUGUGCGGGGCGGGACGAUACCCGGCCCGGGGCUGCGACGGUGCCCGCGCCAGCUGAAGGAUACCUCGGGCCACCCUGAGGGGAUGGGUGCGGCACCUGAGGAGAGGCGGCAGGCCCCGCACAAGAGCACCUGGGGCCUCCCUGCCGGGACCGCUGAGCAGACCCCCUGUAGUCGGUACUCGGGAGGCCGCACGUCGAAUAAUGUGUUCAGUAACUCUCCGUACAAGAGAGAUACUGAGGUUCUGGAGCGGGUCCAGAAAAGGGCAACGAAGCUGGUGAAGGGUCUGGAGCACAGGUCUGAUGAGGAACGGCUGAAGGAAAUGGGGCGGGGGGUGGACGCGAGGCUGGAGAAAAGGAGGUUCAGGGCAGACCUUAUUGCUCUCUACAACUACCUGACAGGAAGUUGUAGUGUGGUGGAAGUCAGUCUCUUCUCCCAGGUAACAAGUGAUAUAAGAGGAAACGGCCUGAAGCUGCACCAGGGAAGUGCAGAUUGGAUAUUAGGAAAAAUUUCUUCACUGGGUGAUCAGGUAUUGGAACAGGCUACCCAGGGAAGCUGGAAUCACCAUCCCUGGAAGUGUUCAAAAAGCCUGUAAAUGAGAAACCAGCUCAGUGGUAUGGUUUAGCUCAGUGAUAUGGUUUAGUGGUGGACUUUGCAGUCCUGGGGGAAAAGUUGGACUUGACAAUCUUAAAGGUCUUUUCCAAUCUAGUUGAUUCUGUGAUUCUUCCUCCUCACACCAGGGCACCCCUUCCCCCAGCUUAUGUCAAGGCACACCUGAGCCUGCAGGGCCAUGCAGAGUGUCGGGAGCUGGGCUGUGGAGUGGUCUCCGGGAGGCCUGGUGGGGGCCCUCGCCUCCCAGCGGGUACCCGAGCAGGUACCUCUGUGCUCACCCCUUAGGUGUGUAACAGGCAGCAGGGAGGUUGGUACAGUGUUGAACUGGGCUCUUGCAGGCAAUAAUAGUUGGUGCCUUGUGUAGAAUUUAAGCUUUCAUUUGAAACUUCCCCCUCCCCCCAGAAAAAAAAUAUCCUGGUGGUUGCCAGGGCUGGACAGUUUUAACUGUUUUUGAGAGCCUUUUCCCUUGAACUCAGUAUUGAAGUUCCCUUGAAGCCUGAGGACAGCAGUUAAAUGUUAGUACUGUUCAGAAAUCUGCUGUUGGCUUAUUUUGACAGAAGUGUCUGACCUUUUUGUACUGUCCUCUGGGUGGUUUUGGGCAUCAUUAACUGUGUGUAAAGAAAUUCCCCAAGUAAGAUACACACAGCUUAAAAAUAUAAAGCAAUUACUGGUUAACAAGAAAAGUUUUUAACAAGCUGCUGGAUGAGGUGUUAGUGUGAUCCCCACCCUCUGAUAAAACACCUGAAGUCUGUUGGCCAAACAAGCGUCAAAAAAAGCGUGGGCAUCCACUAAUACCUCAGUUUUAAUAACUUGUAAUUCACUGCAUCUGUUCAUGUGGGUGACACUGGCAACCCAGUGAAGAUAACUGGGGUUUAUUCACUUCAAGAUCCUAGAACUUUACACACUGAUAUUUUUCUCUUGAAUCCUUGUACUACUAAUAGUCCUUGUCUCAACAACUCUGUCUCUAUUUGUAAUUUUACUUUUCUUGUCUUUCUACAGACACAGCUCUGUCUCACAAUUUAACAGUUCCCUCAGAAGUCUGAGCCACAAUCAUGCAGCAAAUCUGUAUCAUCCAGGCUGGGCUUGCUCCUCGGCAUGCAGGAAACAAAUGCCAGGCGUGCCUAAUGACCAACUGUUUGUGUAUGCUGCUGGGUAGGAGCAGGCCUGGGGCCCUUGGGAAAGCUCCACACACCUCCAUCCCUCCAGACUCAUCCUGCACAGGGGUUGAAAAAUGAAACAGGAGUUUUAAACUUUGAGGACUCAUAAUGGAAGACUCAGAAGGACUUAACUUCAGCUCAGUGGAAGAGGAAACCAGAUACUGGAAAGAGUUGGCUAUGAAAUACAAGCAGUGUGCUGAGAAUACACAGGAGGAAUUGCGUGAAUUCCAAGAAGGGAGUCGAGAGUAUGAAGCCGAACUGGAGACCCAGCUGCAGCAAACAGAGUCCAGAAAUAGAGACCUUCUGUCAGAAAACAAUCGUCUGCGAAUGGAACUGGAGUCAGUUAAGGAAAAGAUUGAAAUUCAGCAUUCAGAAGGAUACAGGCAAAUCUCUGCGCUGCAAGAUGACUUGGCACAGACAAAAGCUAUUAAAGAUCAACUUCAGAAAUAUAUUCGAGAACUCGAGCAAGCAAAUGAUGACUUGGAAAGAGCAAAAAGAGCCACUAUAAUGUCUCUAGAGGAUUUUGAACAGCGUUUAAACCAGGCUAUUGAAAGAAAUGCUUUUCUGGAGAGUGAGCUGGAUGAGAAGGAAAACCUCCUGGAGUCCGUGCAGCGCCUGAAAGAUGAAGCUAGAGAUCUACGUCAAGAGCUUGCAGUGCAGCAGAAACAGGAGAAACCCAAAACCCCCAUGCAAACUACCCUGGAAACAGAAAGAACAGACACUGCAGUUCAAGCGUCCUUAUCUGUGCCUUCAACUCCCUCGGUGCACUGGGCACCCAGCAUCAACAUACCCACCCCUAUGACAUUUAGGAGAGGUCUCGAGGACAGUUUUGGUGCUACCCCUCUCACACCUGCUGCAAGAAUAUCCGCACUUAACAUUGUGGGGGACUUGCUACGAAAAGUGGGGGCUUUGGAGUCCAAACUUGCAUCUUGCCGAAACUUUGUGUAUGACCAGUCUCCAAACAGAACCACGGUGUCCAUGUAUAUGAACAGAGAUGUCCUUGAAACACGCCUGAGUCCUCAUCAGCCCCUGUGUGAUACAGGGUUAGUGAAACGCCUGGAGUUUGGAACACGACCUCCAAAUAUGCCAGGAACAAUGAGCCAUCCUUCACCAAGUGUUGUCAAGAUGCUACUGUGAAAAGCCUGUCUGACUUUGGAAAAGGAGAAAAAAAUAAUACAUAUUUUAAACUUUACUUUUAAAAGAGAAUAUUAAUGAGCAAUCAUGCAGCAGUCUCAGUGUCGAUGAGAACCGAACAAGAAGCUGCAAUUGCCAAUGGCCUCCUGUGGCCUUGCCCAGUCUGACCUGUCAGCUGAACUCUGUGGGUGGUGUGAUAAAGCAAUGAUACCUAGCAGUGCAGGACUUAGAAUUGCUUCCUACAUAAGUCGCUGUAAAUAGCUCCAUGAAAGUUUCUUCUUUUGACACUACCAGUCAAAGCCAUUGUUGCUCUACUUAAAAUAGAGACCAUAUUCCCUAUGCAGCUCUUCAGGCUUUGGAUUUUGGUGUUAGUACAGCAGCAUGGGGUUCUGGCUUUCUAUCAUGUUUGUUGUGUGCUGCAGUCGCCCUAAUUAGAGGAGUGUGUUUAUGUGGAGGAAGGUGUAUUCCUGUGAGGAAGCUGCUUAGCUUUUUGUGGGAUGUUUGCUGGUCAGAAUCUUGUUACACAAAAACCUACCUCUCUAGUGGUUAAGAUGGCUUUGUACGCAAUGAUUCGCGAUUGAGAACAAGUCAUGGUUAAAGGUGAGGGAUGCCUAGUGCUUAGUAGUACUUGGGAGUUACCAGAGCUAAAAGCAAGGUAGGAGACUUUGGCCUGGCUUAGCAUAUAGACACCUUUUUUUUGCCAUAUUGUGGCCCAUAAAGCCUGGCUGUUGUAGGAAGCAAGAGACCUGAUUAUGUUGCUAGAUCAAACAUUUUAAUAGGUGGAUUUUACUGCUUUCUAAAGCUCUCUUUAUUAAUGUGCCUUGGGUAUUAGUGAUUUUUUUCUUUUAAUUUUUCUAUGAGAAUAUAUGGUUUCAGCUGUUAUAAUUAGAAGUGGGUUUGUUUUUAACCUGAGAAGUCCUUCAUGUUAGACAAAUGUAUAUGAGUAGAAAACUAUUUUAAAGUAAUUCCCCCCCCCCCCAGAAUAUUAUUGAAUUUCCAUUUGUUUUUUAAAUGGAGUAGGUUCACUGACAGUAUUAAUGUAUCUUGGGGAAGCCUGUACUUGCAAAGCUAAUAAUGAUUAAACAGUUCUUAUAUUCUUUUUGUUGGAGGGUGAGGGUAGGAAGAGCUUAUUUGACAAAAGAAUGCAUAAAUGGGUUUGGUUUUUUUGUUUUGUGUUUUGUUGUUUUUAGUGGGUGGUUUUUGGUUUGCGGGGUUUUUUUUGGCGGGGGUUUGGAGGGGGUUUUGGGGAGGUGGAGUUUUUUUGUGUUUGGGGUUGUUUUGUUGUUUUUGUUUUUUUGUUUCUUAUAAAAUGCUGUGAUAACAGCCACUGAUGCAUCUGUUUCUCUGGAACAAGAAAUAAACACAGAGGAUUCCCAUUAUUCAGGCCAUGUACAGAGUUGGCUUAACUUGGGAGCUGUUGCGGAUGGAGGAGUGAUGCACUUCACUCACAAGAGAGAAGCAGCAAAAUGUUUAGUGAUAUAAACCAUUGACUUAAAGUUUUUUAGUAAAUGCAACAGUGAUUUAACAAGA